AUGGCGGUUCUUUUGCCAACACUUGCGGGGCCGAUUAGUGAUAGAUUGCGGCAACAGAUCGAGUUCGUGGCGAACAACUAUGGUCUCAUCUCGGGGCUGCCGCAGUCUUGCAUGACGGAGGUCGAGACGCGGAAUCAGCAUACGUUUAUUGAGCAGCUCAGCCAGUUUUAUGGGUCGGUCGCUGUGAUUAAUGGCAGCACGACUGCGAUGAAGGAUGUUCCGUAUUACACGGAAAUCGCUCUAAAGGAGGCUGCUGCGAAGAGAGCAGGUCUUUGA